CUUUCAAAAAUACUGGCUAUGAGAAUAUUUUUCAAAUCAUUUAAAAUGUUGCUUCAAACGUAUACAUUUUUAUAUUUUACCUCGAUAUCUCAGCGUUUUAACAAUAGAUUUCUAAACGCGCCUUUUCUUCUUAGGUGCAUGUUUCCCGGCUUUUGACUCGUUUGAAAUUCCCGCGAUCUUGCAAACCCCAGUAAAAUCUUAUUGGCUGUAGCUCUUUGGGUCUUUAACUUUGCGAUGACGUAACAGCUUCUUAUUGGUCGGCCAAAUCGAGCGCCAAGAGUGAAAUAAAUAGAGCAAAGAGUUCAGCUGUUUCAUUUUGCGCUUGCCUGCUGCUUCUAGGUAGUAUGUGUAUAUAGUUUUAGUUGCAAAUUGCUGCCCCCUUUUUUUAAAAAGUUAAUUUUUAUUUAGUAGUUUUAUUUGCAGAGCCUUUUACACAAUAGUUUAGUUGUAUUUUCUUUAGUUUUUUUUUUUUUUUUUUUUUCCCCCCCUUUUGGCGCGGUACAAUUUCCCUGAAUUAAAGAUGAUGAGCGCUCGCAGUCCUCUCUCCACCAAGAAUGAAGGCUCUAUGGUUGUGUCUAAAAUGGAGCGCGCUUCUUUCGCGGACAAGGAGAACACGCCCCCGAGUGUGAACUCUACCCGAAUCCUCGCAUCCAAAACGGCGCGAAAAAUAUUCGACGAAACUGAGGAGAAGCCCGCAAAGGCAUCCGUGCAGGACGAGCCGCUCCUGAGGGACAACCCGCAGCGCUUUGUCAUCUUCCCCAUCCAGUACCACGACAUCUGGCAAAUGUACAAGAAGGCAGAGGCCUCCUUCUGGACGGCAGAGGAGGUGGACCUGUCCAAGGAUUUACAGCACUGGGAGUCACUAAAGGAUGAAGAGAGAUACUUCAUCUCCCAUGUUCUGGCUUUCUUUGCAGCCAGCGAUGGCAUUGUGAAUGAGAACUUGGUGGAGCGUUUCAGCCAGGAGGUACAGGUGACAGAAGCCCGCUGUUUCUAUGGUUUUCAAAUUGCCAUGGAGAACAUCCACUCAGAAAUGUACAGCCUCCUUAUUGACACCUACAUCAAAGAUCCCAAAGAAAGGGAAUACCUCUUCAAUGCAAUUGAGACGCUGCCUUGCGUGAAGAAGAAGGCUGACUGGGCACUGAACUGGAUUGGAAACCGGAAUGCUCAAUAUGGUGAACGUGUAGUGGCCUUUGCUGCAGUGGAAGGAAUUUUCUUCUCUGGGUCAUUUGCUGCAAUUUUCUGGUUGAAAAAGAGGGGCCUGAUGCCUGGUCUCACAUUCUCCAAUGAGCUCAUUAGCAGGGAUGAGGGUCUUCAUUGUGACUUUGCCUGUCUCAUGUUCAAGCACUUGAUACACAAACCCUCAGAAGAAACUGUUAAGCAGAUCAUAAUGAAUGCUGUUGAAAUUGAGCAGGAGUUCCUCACACAAGCUCUCCCAGUAAAGCUCAUUGGCAUGAAUUGUAUGCUGAUGAAGCAGUACAUUGAGUUUGUUGCUGACAGGCUGAUGCUGGAGUUGGGUUUCAAGAAGAUCUACCAAGUGGAAAAUCCCUUUGACUUCAUGGAGAACAUUUCACUGGAGGGAAAGACUAACUUCUUUGAGAAAAGGGUUGGGGAGUACCAGCGGAUGGGGGUUAUGUCAGGGCCCACAGACAACACCUUCCGCCUAGAUGCUGAUUUCUGAGCCCUCACUGCCUCUUUUAGACUUAACUGCAUUAAAGUACUUGAAGGGAGCAAGAUGGAACUGCCUGUUUGGACAAAAUACUUUCUAUUCCCACCACACUGCCAUAGACCUGUAUCCAAAGUUGCCUGCACCAUGUGCUGCUGGAUGAGGUUGCAGGACUGGACUGUUUGCACACAGUCCACUUUACUGCAUUGUUCUUUAGAUCCAUGU